UCAAUUUUUUCAAUAAUGAAAGCUACAUUACUCUACUCUACUCUCCUCUGCAAUAUUUACUCUCUCCGUAUUUAUCUGACCUCUUUCACAUGACUACCCUGCAACCAAGCUAACAGACAAAACACACCAUACUCUUCCAUUAUUCAAUUCUAUUUACUUCUAUUUACCAAUUUCUAAAUUAAAAAAAUAAAAAAUAAUUACCAAUUUCUAAAUCCCACACAACACCCUCUCUCUCUUUCACUAUUGCAUUCACAUUUGAUUUUACCCUUUUUCUUCCCUUACUCAUUUUACUAUACUGGCUCUCCCAACCAUGGAAGCUUUUACCUUACUCAAAUACUGGCGUGGUGCUGGUCUUGUUGGUCUCUCACCUUCCUCUGAAACCACCACCACAACCACCAUCCUCUCCGCCGUCUCUCAAAACGAUAACGCAACCAGUGAAAGCGACGAUGACGACAACAACGACGAAGACGAAGGUCCUUUUUUCGACUUAGAGUUUACUGCACCAGACGAAGAAGAAGAACAUGUUUAUGAUGAAACAAACCCUAACAAACAACAACUAGACGAAGAACAAGAGUCUGAAGACGGUGGUGAUGAGAAUGAGACUGAGACUGAGUUUAAGAUAACACUUUCUCCUUCGAGUAAUGAACGAAAUGAUGCAAAUCUUUCUCUCUCUCCUUUGGAAGAUAUAGAGAUAGUUGAGUUGAAACCUUCUUCUUUCGUUCUCAACAACGCUUCCGAACCUAACUCCAAACCUCAGUUCACUGCUUCAUUGCUGAAAUCAGCAACCAAGUUUCGUGUCUUCAUGUCUGGACUUAAGAAACCCAAAAUCGAUUCUGUCAUAACACAGAAGAAGCAAAAACCAAAUAGAAUCAAAUUCAAAAUUGAAGAAGUUCCCAUUGUUUCACUUUUCACCAGAGACAACAGUUCCAAAGGAAACAUCAACAACAACAACAAAUCUCAAUCGAACCAAAACCAAAACCAGAACCAGAAAGUAGAACAUGAAGCAUUAUCACCUUUGGAAGAGAAACGUUUCUCGAAGGAAGUAGUUAUGCACAGGUAUUUGAAAAUGGUGAAGCCUCUUUACAUUAGAGUAUCUCGUAGGUACAGUCAUGGUGAAAAAGUAGAGAAGUUUGGUUCUGUUUCUACUGACAACAAGGUUGAAGCGGAAAUAGCAACAGAAGGGAAAACUGUUGCUGAGAGUGAAGAAAACAGUGCAAAGAGUACUCAGAUUCAGAAUCAGAGCCAGAAACAGGGAAACAUUCCGGCAGGGCUUAGAGUUGUGUACAAACAUUUAGGUAAGAGCCGGUCAGCAUCGUCGGCGGUGGCAGCUUCACCGCCGGCGUUAGUAUCGUCUAAACGCCGUGAUGAUUCGCUGUUACAGCAACAAGAUGGGAUUCAAGGAGCCAUUUUACACUGCAAGAGGUCCUUCAAUGCCUCCAGAGAGUGUGAAUCUUCUUCUCAACUACCACGUUCUGUGAGUGAUCCAUUACAAGAGAUAUCUUCCGAACUGUCAAGUAAAUCUAGUGAUAAACGUCUUUCAGGUUGAAGAUAAAGGAAAGUGUUAGCCUUUAGCAUUUUGCACUACAUAGUGGAGAGAAAUAGUCAAAGUAGAGAGUUAUGGGCAUGUAGCAUGAAGAAAAAGCUCUUUCUUUUGUUGAAUGCUUCUUUUUUUAGUUUACCUUGGUAGUGUAAAUUGUAAAGCUCUUCUUUUCAAUAAAGUGAAGGAAGAAUCAUCAUAUCUUUUCUGUAUGUAAUGUAAUUUAAUUUUUAUGUACUA